CUCGCUGCUGUAACAGCAACCCAUGUCAGCGUCCGAGGGGCGAAACUAUACAACCCCGGCUUCUCUGUUCUCCGUCAGAAACAAGCCGUAUUUUUCUUCUUACAACAAACAUAAAACUUUUCUCCUGCUCGGUUUUACUUUAGCUUCAUCUAAAGGUAGGAAGCUACUGUCAACAGCAGCUCUUAGGACGAGCUAUCACAUGACAGCAGCACUGGUGCAACAACACAACGACCAUUUCCGGUAUAUGAGAAGCAGCUGUGGCCUCCGCAACGUGAAGAGGGAAUUUUCAAACCUAGGAUGGUGUCGCCUGCUAUCGCUCUGGCCUUCAUUCCCCUCCUGCUGACAAUUAUUAUCCGGUGCCGCUACUACUUUGUGCUGUUCUAUCGGGCGGUCCUGGUCAGGAUAUGGAAGGACUGUGUUACUGGCCUGAGUCGCGAGGAGCGGGCCUACCAGUAUGUUCUCACUCAUGCCACCCCUGGAGACCCCGAGAGCAUCCUGGACACCUUCGAUGUCUGGUGCAGCAAGGUGGAGUUCAUCAGCAACAUUGGGCCUAAAAAAGGGAAGAUCCUGGACCGACUGCUGAUGGAGCAGAGCCCUCUGACAGUGCUGGAGCUGGGUGCCCACUGUGGGUACAGCACUGUGCGGAUUGCCCGGUCUUUGCCCCUGGGUGCCAGGCUCUACAGCCUCGAGAUGGACGCGAGGAAUGCUGUUAUCGCUGAGAAAAUCAUCCGCCUGGCAGGUUUUGACGAUGAUACGGUGGAGCUCAUCGUAAAUCCAUCUGAUGAGGUGAUCCCUCUGCUUCGGUCUGACUACGGUUUGGAAAGGCUGGAUUUUGUCUUCAUGGACCACUGGAAGAAAUGCUACCUCCCUGAUCUGCAGAUGCUGGAAGGCUCUGGUCUGCUGGGAAAAGGUUCUAUGAUCGUGGCUGACAACGUGCUGUUCCCCGGGGCUCCAAAGUUCCUCAGAUACAUUCGCAAGAGCGGCCUGUAUGAGUGGAAGGUCCAUCGGGCCACACUAGAGUACAGCAAAGGCAUCCGGGACGGGAUGGCUGAGCUGGUGUACCAGGGAAUCAAGUAGAUCACGCAGACUGGGAUAUCAUAUCACACACACUACUAGUCACAUAUAGAUUUUUGUAGCAAGGGAUGAAUUGAUGAUGUUAUACCCUGUUAAAGAUAACUGUAAAUUCUUACCUUAA